CAUGGAUAGUGUUGAGCCGAAAUUCUCAGGUGAAAGCUCCGUAUACCAAACUAUACUGAAUCAGACGAAAAAUAAGGCUCCUGACAUAGAUGAUUUCAACAUCAUCAAGCCGAUCAGUCGUGGGGCAUUUGGGCUGUUGGCAGAUUGAGGGUGACAGUGACGCCUUAUGUUGAAAGUCCUUGCUGCCAUUGGUGAUUAUUUACCUUCAGACGAUGACCAAUUCUCUAACACAAUUGAGAGAGCACUUGUCCAUGGCCAUAUGGGUACCACAUGCUUGCGCUCAUUUGCACAUAGGCUGCAAAUUUGCAGUGAGCACAUGCACCAGAGUUGGGCAAAAGUUACUGGAAUAACAAAUAGAGGAAAGUUUUCUUGGGUUGUAAAAAGUCAAACCCUGACAAAAUGUAUGCUAUAAAAGUUGUGAACAAAUCAGAAAUUAUAAACAAGAAUAUGGUUGGCCAAGUUGUUACCGAAAGAAAUGCAUUGGCUCUGUCUCGAAGUCCAUAUUGUGUUAAUCUUUUUUAUUCGUUACAGUCUGCUUCAAAUAUUUACCUGGUAAUGGAGUACAUGGUCGGAGGUGAUUUAAAAUCGCUGCUGAUGGUGUACGGAUACUUCGACGAAGCAAUGGCAGCAUUUUAUGCAGCAGAAAUAACGCUUGCUUUGGAAUACUUACAUGCACACAAGAUAGUUCAUAGAGAUUUGAAACCUGACAAUGUUCUACUUUGUCAGAGAGGCCACAUUAAACUUACAGAUUUUGGUUUGAGCAGAAUUUCUCUGCGAAGAGAUUUGGAAGUAUCAGAUCUACUGAAAGAUUCUCCUGACAGUGUCAGCGUCACGACAUUAUCUAAGAGGACACCUGGCCAACUCCUUUCACUUACAUCACGCCUUUCAUUUGGUUCCGAGAAAUAUCACUACAUGCGAGAAGAAACUGUAUCGUCUCAGAAGACCUCUGAGAGUGGAUCAGCACUUAGAGAUUGCUCUAAUCAAGUAUUCAAACCAAAAAAUAAAAUAUUAAACACAACCAAAGAAGAAAAUAAAAUAAAAAUUAUUAAUGGAGUUUCUCCUUCAGCAGAUCUGAACAACACUCGCUUAUCCGGAAUAAAACCAUUUUCGCCCAUGGACUACAAAUCUUGUUUAAGUGAGAGUGGUUCAAACACAAGUGGUUCAUAUCAUACUUGCAGUAGUAAUACAUUUGACAGUACCAAUGUUGAUUCAACAAGGAAAGAUAAAGAAAAUGACAUAAUUGCACAGCUGGCAUAUCAAAAUGGCACUCCUCCUGUGAAUCGCUUGACAUCAUUUAAACGUCCAAUAGUUAGGGGGAUGAAAAGAAAGCGUAAUUUUCAUAACAGUCUAAAUUCAGUGGGAACUGUCUCUCAGACAGGACUCUCUGAAGAAAUUUAUCAGUUAAAUGUCUCAGGGAGAACAGCAAAGAAAGUAAAUAUUUCCAGAAUCUCUGAAUCUUUGCAGUCAGCAUCAUUCAGAAGUGCCAGUCCAGUGAAAGCGGUUCUAAGAAAUUCCACAUCAUUGACUUACAGUGACAUAAAAGACCACCACAAUCAAGAAAAAAUAUAUGUUUCUACACCUAUAUCAUCUUUAAGUGUAAGAAAAAUUACGAAAACAACUAGAUUUGAACUUCCUCUUUCAAGCGACAAGUCUGGAAAUUCUGGAACACCAGACCAGCACUCUGUCAUGAGUCCCGUCACACCACUUAAUUCAGCACACAUACCAUUCAGAACACCAAAAUCUGUCCGUCGAGGAAAAGUUGCAAGUGAUCACAGAGUGCUGGGCACUCCAGAUUAUCUAGCACCAGAAUUAUUACUGGAUGAACCACAUGGUUCUGCUGUUGACUGGUGGUCAUUGGGAGUCUGCCUUUUUGAGUUCAUGACAGGAAUACCUCCAUUUAAUGAUGAAACUGCAGAAGCGGUAUUUGAUCACAUAUUGACUAGAGAAAUACCAUGGCCUACAGGCAGUGAGGAACUAUCACAAUCAGCUCAAAAUGCCAUUGAUUCUUUGCUUACACUUGAUCCUCUAAAAAGGCCAGGAUCACUGGAAGUAAAAAGGAUGCCACUUUUUAGUGGUAUAGACUGGGAGCACUUGCGUGAGAUAGAAGCACCUUUCAUCCCACAGCCAGAUGGGAAUACAGAUACUUCUUACUUCAGUGCAAGGAAUACACUUCUGCAUCUGAAUGUCUCAAAUAUUGACCAGUGAAGUUGCAAUUUUGAUGGCUCGGUGUAUAUGCAUUUCAUCCAACAACAACCUUGUUGUGCCUGAAUGCAUUCUUUCUUCUUCUCUCUCCUAGUCAUUUUAAAUUUUAUCUGCCAGAAGUAUGUUGAUGAGAAGUAUUUAUUUUAUACAAUUUUAUAUAGCACUGUAUGUAUAUUUUUGUAUAAUUUUAUGUGAUGAAGCAGUAUCUCUUAGAAGUUCCUUGUAAGCUUUAUUGUGAAAUAACAUGGUAGUGGCUAUUGAUAGCAAUACUUCUGAGAACUUAAAAACAAUGUUAUGUGUACAGUGCGGUAAAUAAAUUUUGCAACUAGACUUUUCA